UAGUGAUUUUGACUUUUAUAAAGCCAAAGCGGACUCGGUUUUUCGACAGCUAGUGGCUUUAAAUGACUUUUUCGGUUCAGAAGAGGCGUCUCAUUUUGACGAGGCCGACCUUCAAGUCAGGCUUGAGCUUAUUGAAAAAAUGCGAGAUAAUUUUGAUAAGUCUCAAACAGCUGUCGAAAGGCUCAAUCUACUAGAGCUGGCUAGUGAUGUGCGUGCAAAAUUUCUAAACAUUUAUUGUGCGGUGAUAAAUUCGACUGCAUUCCCAAAUUUCAACAUCGAGCAGGCUUCAACCUCCAGGGCUGGUGUUCGGGCCACUAGGCUACCUGAGUUUAAGCUGCCACGAUUUGGAGGCGCUUAUAUGGACUGGCCAGAUUUCUACGCUAUGUACACUACAGUCAUCGGCAACAACGAGGACCUGACCAAUUUGGAAAAAUUCCAGCAUCUACGCUCCUGUUUGGAUGGCCCCGCAUUAGACACAAUUCGCUCGCUGGAGCCAACAGAGGCCAAUUAUGAGAAGGCAGUCGACCUAUUGACUGCUAGGUUUGAUAACAAACUUUUGCAUUUUCAGGGGCACAUACGAUCUAUUUUCAGGCUUUCUAGUGUGGUGAAAGGGUCGGCAAGGAGUUUGCGGCAAUUGAGCGACGGCAUCAACUCUCAUCUGCGAGCCCUUAACACAAUGGCAACCACCCAGGAGAUUGCGGAUGGAAUGCUCAUAUCCCUGGUGUCCUCCAAACUGGAUCAGCAUACCCAGGAGAAGUGGGAAGAGGGAUUGCCUACCAAUAAGCUGCUAAAAUGGACGGAUAUGGCUGCCUUUUUGGAGAAGAGAUGUCGGAUGAUGGAAAACAUUGAAAAUGCUAUGGUAACCCACACACCUAGCAACCAGAAAACCCUAACGAUUUGGAUGUCCUUACACCUGGUCACUUUUUGAUUGGGUCUUCUUUCGCCACAAUCGAGGAGCCCGACAUCACGCACCUCAGCAUCGAUCGGCUGAGCCGCUGGCAACGAGUUUGCCAAAUUCAGCAAAUCAUCUGGCGGAAGUGGAGUACCAGCUACCUCUCGCUUUUACAAGAACGUGGGAAAUGGCGUGCAUCAAGGCCCAACAUCCUACCGCAUAGCAUUGUGGUGCUCAAGGAGGACAACAUCCCUCCGCUUCAAUGGCGUCUUGGCAGAGUGGAGAGCAUUUUCCAUGGAGCUGACGGUGUGGCCCGUGUCGCUGUCAUUCGGACAGCCACUGGCCUAAUAAAAAGGGCUGUUGGCAAAAUAGCUGUUCUACCCCUGGAAACCACCUCAUCUGGCAGCGUGCCGCAUCCAGCGGGGGGAGCAUGUCGGGAGCAGAAGCAGCAGAUUUAAUAUUAA